GGAGCUGAGACCUUCAGGUCUGCGCAGCCCUGGGCAGACGUCACUUUUUCCUUGGGCUGCUCGGGGCUGUCAGCUCCUGGAGGUGGAGUGGGGAACCUGAAUACCUCCCUCUGUUCCUCGGCCUGCCGUUUCCUUCCUCCUCCUCCUCCUCCUCCCUGGCGCUGUGCUGACUCGGUGCUCGCUGGGCUCCAUGCGGGGCGAGCGAAGGGAUCCCGUCCUCCUUUAGCUCCGGGUGAGCCGGACUCACACUGAAGCCGUCGUGGUGCCUGCUGUCCGGGCGCUAUGCAGUCGGCCCCUGCCUGCCUGCAUGCACUGCUCAUCACUGCCGCGCUCAUCUCCGCCUGCAGCUCAGACUUGACUCCCCGUUUUACUUCUGAGCCCAUCUCUGCUGUCCAGAAGCCCGGUGGUCCCGUGGUGCUGCACUGCUCUGCUGAGCCCCCGUCAGCACACAUCUCCUGGCUGCUGGAUGGGGAGCCGCUGGGCAGCGGGCUGCAAGGGGUGGAAAUCCAGCACGGGUCUCUGAGCAUCGCCUCCCUGAGCCCAGCCACAUCUGGCCGCUAUCAGUGCGUGGCCAACAGCAGCGCGGGCGCAGUUCUGAGCAGGGCUGCGGUGGUGUCAAUAGGCAGUCUGGCUCACUUUGACCCAUCACUGACGCCGGUUGUGGUGGCGGAGGAAGGAGGAACGGCGCUUAUCAGCUGCACGGUGCCACACAGCAACCCCAGAGCUCAGAUCCGAUUCCGGGUGCGGGGGAAGUGGCUGCUGCGUUCUGCAGAUAAGUACCUAAUUCUCCCGUCGGGAAACCUGCAAAUCCUCAAUGUGUCCAUGGAGGACAGGGGGUCCUACAGGUGUGCUGCCUACAACCCUGUCACUCACGACCUCAGAAUAGAACCCACCGGGAGGAAACUCGUUGUCACACGCUCCUCCUCUGCACAGCCCCGCAUCCUGCACCCCCAGCAGCCACAGGUUCUGUCUGUGCUGCAGAGCAGCCCACUGACCCUGGAGUGUGUGGCUGCAGGGCUGCCUAUGGCUGCUGUGCGCUGGGAGAGGGACGGCCGCGAUGCGCUGCAUGGGGGCAGGUGGGCCCUGCAGCACUCCCACCUGGUGACCGAUGGGCUGCAGCCGGAGGACUCCGGGAACUACUCCUGUGUGCUGGAGAGCGGGCUGGGGGAGCUGGUGUACGCCAACUACUCGCUCACUGUGCUGGAACCUGCCUCAAUUUCCCAAGGACUGCAAGACGAGACCGUGGCCGUCGGCACGACGGUGUCUUUGCAGUGCGCUGCCCACGGGACGCCCUCUCCAUCACUGAGCUGGCUGCACAAUGCUGCGCCCCUCCAUCCAUCCCCGCGGCAUUUCCUGCUGGGGGGCAGCCUGCAGAUCCAUGGUGUCACCAUGCAGGACGCCGGUGUGUACCAAUGCAUGGCAGAUAACGGCGUUGGCUUUGCGCAGUCGGCCGGGAGGCUUCGUGUGCUGCCAGAAGCUGACCCAAAAGCAGAAGAAAUGGCUCUCACAGAGACUGCCCAGGGCGAUGAAAGCCGCAGCGAUUCCGGCGUGGAAGAGGUGAUUCCCAGCUCACCUCCAACAGAGCUGCGUUUGGACACGGCUGCGACAGAGAAGCCGUGGGGCAGCAUUUCCCCCCCCGAGGCGCCCAUCAUCCUCAGCCCCCCGCAGACACUCAGCCCAGACAUGUACACCUUGGUGUGGCGGUCGGGACGGGAUGGCGGGCUGCCCAUCAACGCGUACUUUGUGAAGUACCGCAAGCUGGAUGACGGUGUGGGCUCCGCUGGGGGUUGGCACACGGUGCGUGUCCCAGGCAGCGAGAAUGAGCUGCGGCUCAGCGAGUUGGAGCCCUCCAGCCUCUACGAAGUGCUGAUGGUGGCCAGGAGCGCGGCCGGUGAAGGCCAGCCUGCCAUGCUGACAUUCCGCACCAGCAAAGAAAGAACGUCAUCCUCAAAGAACACACAGGCUCCUUCUCCACCGGUGGGCGUCCCAAAGCUCCCCAUUGUCCAUGAAGGGACCAACAACUUUGGCGUGGUGCUCCCUGAUGUUCCUCGGCACAGUGGAGUUCCAGAAGCUCCCGACCGUCCCACCAUCUCCACCGCAUCCGAAUCCUCCGUCUACGUCACCUGGAUUCCCCGAGCCAACGGGGGCUCCCCCAUCACAGCCUUCAAGGUGGAGUACAGGCGGGUGGGCCGCAGCAGCGACUGGCUGGUUGCAGCCGACAGCAUUUCUCCUUCCAAGCUGUCCGUGGAGGUUCGCAGUUUGGAGCCAGGAGAGAUGUAUAAGUUCCGUGUGAUCGCUGUGAACAACUACGGGGAGAGCCCCCGCAGCGCCGCGUCCCGCCCCUACCAGGUCGCGGGCUUCACCCACCGCUUCUCCAGCCGCCCCAUCGCCGGGCCCCACAUUGCUUACACUGAAGCCAUCAGUGACACUCAGAUCAUGUUGAAGUGGACGUAUAUUCCAGCCAGCAACAACAACACUCCUAUCCAUGGCUUUUACAUCUACUACCGCCCCACAGACAGCGACAAUGACAGCGACUACAAGAGGGAUGUUGUGGAAGGCACAAAGCAGUGGCACCUGAUAAAUCACCUGCAGCCAGAGACCUCAUACGACAUAAAAAUGCAGUGCUUCAAUGAAGGUGGUGAAAGCGAGUACAGCAACGUGAUGAUCUGCGAGACGAAGGUGAAGCGCAUGCCAGGAGCAUCUGAAUACCCAGCAAAGGAGCUGAGCACCCCACCCAGCCCCCCCGAGCGGGCAGGGGGCAGCGGGGGCCCCUCUUCUGGUCCAGUGCGCAGCAGUGACAUGCUGUACCUGAUCGUGGGCUGCGUCCUGGGCGUCAUGGUCCUCAUCCUCAUCGUCUUCAUCGCCAUGUGUCUGUGGAAGAACCGCCAGCAGAACGCCAUGCACAAGUACGACCCUCCUGGCUACCUGUACCAAGGGGCAGAGCUCAGCGGGCAGAUGAUCAAAUACACCACCCUGCCCGGCACCAGCCGCGUCAAUGGCAGCGUCCACAGCAGCUUCCUGAGCAGCAGCACUGGCAGUGCCUGCCCCCACCACCACAAAGCGGCCGCUGGGCUGGAUGGGGCCGUGAAUGGAGGAGUUGGGCUGCACAGCAGCUCCCUGCCCGGCGCACAUCUGGACUGUGAGCGUGCCCAGCACCUGGUCAAUGGUGCAGGGCUGUGUGCUGCGCUGCCGCAGGCAGAACCCCCCGAGUGCAUCAGCUGCAGGAACUGCCACAACAACAACAGGUGUUUCACCAAAACCAACGGCACUUUCAGCAGCAGCGCGCUGCCCGUCAUGCCCAUCGUCGCACCUUACCAGCAGGACAGCCUGGAGAUGAAGCCCCUGAGCCACAUCAUGGUGGCCAUGUGUUUGGCCUCCGGCGUCCCCGAGCACGGCGGGAGGAUGGAGGAGGACAGCGUGGAGACAGCAGAGCAGCCCCCCAGCCCCCAGCCCUGCUGCAGGGGCAGCGCCGGGCCGCUCUGCCUGCAGUAUUCUGAUGGUGACAGCUGCGUGCUCUCAGAGACACCAAACCACGUUCUGAGCUGGAGCCCGCUGGUUCUGCAGCCUGUGCCCAAGGACUGCAGGGACAAACCAGGCUGGACUGCGACACUGUGUGGUUCUGGGCAGCCCCCACUGCAGGAGAGCUGAGGGGAGCACUGGAGGGACUGAUGGAGGGGCCUUAAUUAUAACAGAGAGAGUCACUAUUUAUUUUUUGUAGUAGUGUCAUAUGAAUGUACCUUGUUUUUAAAUGGUUGCCUUUUUAUAUUAUUUAUGCCUUGAGAUUCCUGGAUUUUUUUUUCCCCCCAUGCACCGUGAAACUGGCCUGGUUCUGUGUAUAUAAACAAACAAAGAUUGGUAAUAAUAUAAAGAACAACGAUGGGAGAUGUGCAGUGUGUGUUCAUGGAGAGGCUUUGGUGCUGCAUUGGGUGCUGUGGGUGCAGGAGCUGCAGUGCCCGGCAGGCAGAGCUGUGUUGUGCUGCACUCAGGCUGGGAGUGGACAGAAGGGGAUAAGCAUCGCUUGGCUGUGCUGCUCCUUGCAGCAGGUGGAGAUGCUGCUGCCUUCACUGCAGCGUCGGGUUUUUGGUGGUGAGUUUUUUCCUUUUCCUUCCAAAUUGAAUCAGUCGAAGCGAUGAAGCUGUGCUCAUAAAGGCACUGUCCCAAACGCAGCGUGCAGUCCUGGUGCUGAGUGCCUUCAUCACCAUCACAGCUGCCCCACAGCCACACGUGCAGUGAGGGGGGUUGUGGGGCUGCAGGUGCAGCUCUGAGAGCCCGACCCCAAGCUCUGUCCCCACUGAAUGUCAGCUCUGUGUGCAGCAGGAGGUACAUACAACGUGCCUUAUAAACAGAGCCCUUAAUGAGAACGUGUUGGCUCAGAGCUGGGCUACCACGCGAUUCUGGUUGGUGCUUUAUACCCAGAGCCUGGCAGUGAUGCUGUGCUGUGUAACCUGGUUUCUCCCCUCUGCAUGCUUUAGUUUUCAUGUUUGCAAGACUCAGCGCGUACCAGGGGGAGGCGAAGUGACCCGGCCAAGCACCACGUGAGGGCAGUUCCCUUCCCCGGAUUUCUGCUCUUUCUUGAUGCCAACACAGGACGGAGCAGGUCUGGUGUCCGAUGGAGCGGGGCAGGCAGCGAUGGAUGGGGAGGCUGCGAUCUGCCCCGUUAGCAGCACCUCCCUGCAGGCCGCUUUAUUUAUAGUGAGUGACACUGUUUUAAGUGUUUGUCUUCCAUUUACCGUGUUUUACUUUAAAAUGUGCCUGAGCUCUGCCUUGGCUGUAGGGUUUCAGUGUCCCACCUCCAUGUGCCCAGCUCCGAAUCUCCCGCUGGUCCUAUGGGAGCGCUCCACCUUCAGGCUGGAAAAGAGCUCUGCUCUGCUUUGUCUGCCCAGACCCCAUCCCUCCCCGUGGCUCUCCUCCCCUUCCCAGAACCAGCAGCGAGCUCUGCUGGGCUCCCUGUGCCUUGCAGCUCCCAGCCCCGAGUUCCACAACCCCGUGUGUAUCAGCCCCUUUUCUCCCCAUCUUUGGGCUUUUAGAGGAAAAAAACAAAGGGACAAACCUCUCUGCAUUCCUCCAUGUACCCCUGAGUGCAUCACUGCUGUUCUGAGCUCCAGAUGUGCUUGUUGGCAUAUGGGUAAAUACACUCUAUUUUCCGAAGAAGAUGUAAUAUUUCUUUGGGAAUUGCACAUGUGUUGGAAUGAUGUAGUUGUUGUGUGUUGGUUUUUUGUUGCUGUUUUUGGUGGUUUGAUGAAUAUUAAAGUGAAUGCUGCUGCUC